AUGAUUGCGUGCAUUGCCAAACGGCGGUAUAAUUUGUUUUGUCACUUUUAUGUGAUUUACAAGUCAAGAUUUCAACGUGUCAUUCAAUCAAAGAUGGACCAGUUCCUUAUAUCAGUCAAGCUCAUACAGUCUCCAAGGCCAAGGUUGGGUAAAUUUUCCGAAAAUGUAGGCCUAGCAGAAAUGAGGAUGCCUGUUCACGCGACGCAAAGUGGGGCCGAGAUACGAGACGAGGUUGCUCGCCUAUCGGGACAGUCCCCCGCAGACAUUCGUCUGAUAUUCGCUGGAAAGUUGAUCACUGAUGUGCAAACAAUGGAGGAUCUUAGGAUAUGUGAGAACACUGUGAUCCAUGCUGUACCUUCUCAGAGAAUUCAACAUUGCGAGACCAUUCAUGACACUGACGUGGAACAACCACCGGUGCUUGGUCUCUUAGAAUCAAGAAUUGUGGACAAAGAUGGCAAUAUACCUGAUCUUGACCCUGGGUCAUCUCUUCGACCUGGCUUCUAUGUUUAUUGCAAGAGUCAUUGUGUCUCAAUACAACCUGGCAAGCUGAGGGUGUGCUGUCAAACCUGUAAGGAUCCUGCUUUCAUUGUCAGAGAGGAUCCUGUAUGCUGGGAUGAUGUCAUUCUGUCCGAUAGGAUAUCAGGAAGUUGCCUUACUCCAGGUUGCCAAGGUGAUAAAGCUGAAUUUUUCUUCAAGUGUUCAUCACACAUAGCAUCAGGGAAUGAUCAACUCACAGUACUUCCUCUCAUACGGACCAAUACCAGAAGGGUUAUGUGCAUCACAUGUGCAGAUGUCUUAAUAUCUGUUUUGGUCUUUCCAUGUUCAGCUGCUCAUGUGAUGUGUUUGGAUUGUUUUAGCCAAUACUGUAGGUUGUGUUUAAAUGAGAGGAGAUUUAUUCAGAGUCCUCAGCUAGGAUACACAUUACCAUGCCCAGCUGGAUGUGAGGAUUCUCUCAUCAAGGACACACAUCAUUUCUUGGUGCUGGGAAAGGAACAGUAUGCCCGAUACAAGAGAUUUGGUACCGAGGAGUAUCUUCUAAGUGAGGGCGGGGUCUUCUGCCCCUCCCCAGGGUGUGGUGCUGGUAUACUACUAGAAUCAGGAGAGGAGAGGAGAGUGGAAUGCCUGCAGGAGGAAGGCUUUGGAUGUGGGUUUGUCUUCUGCCGGAACUGCCAUGAAGCCUACCACGAUGGGGCGUGUGGACAGAAGACAGAAGAGCCUCAGAGUCAGACAGCAUUGGGGUCAGAGGUCAACAGUGAGAGGGAGCGACAAGCAAGAUGGGAGAAUGAAGAGAGUAGAAGAAUCAUAGCAGAGACCAGUAAACCUUGCCCUAACUGCAAAGUGCCUGUAGAAAGAAAUGGUGGAUGCAUGCACAUGGUCUGCAGUCAAGCCCAAUGCAAGUAUGAGUGGUGUUGGAUAUGCGGAAUUGGCUGGAACAUGGACUGCCUAGAAGAUCAUUGGUUUGGUACAGGGUUUCUUUUGUGACAUCACAAUAUGAAAGCAAAUCCCUAAAACUUGUUUCGACAUAUGUUGUGAUAAAGAAGAUGAUAACUCUGAUAAGACUCGUUUGUGAGUGUUUGACUUUUCGACUUUUAAUUUUAGGUCAUCUUCAUGAGCUGAUUUAAGAAAUCAGAAUAAAUUAUAUAUAUAAGGUGAACUGAUUAUAUCUACUGAUGGCAAUGUGACAGCAUUUUUAAUUCUUUGUGGAUGCAAUAAUAGUGUAUAUUUUUUAUCAUAGUAUAUAUUCCAUAACUGAAAUAUGGACAUUUGUCCGUGUACAUGUAUAUAUGUAUCAGCCUCCCUUAAAAAACAAAAAUUAUCACAAUAUUCCACUAUUUUGAUAAUACUUAAAACAUACAUCAUAAUAAGAUCUCUAAGCACUUUUCAGUGCUUGUUGAAUAAAUGUUGGCAUGUCAUUGUAUUAGUAAUCAAGACCAUUCUCAGUCUUACAGUAUGUAUCAGCCAUGUUGUAUAUCUCUUUGCACAUCCGUCUUCAACUAUGAUUUUCACAACUCCUUUAUUUUAUGCUGGUGGUGAGUGGAUUUUUUUGCCCCAAUCCAGUGGAAUAAAUUACCAUCUUAUAUCCAUAAUGCCGACUCUCUCAAUCAAUUUAAGGCCUUGCUAAAGACCCACUCUUUUAAUGUCUAGAUAUCAGUUGUGGGUUGGUCUAUAUGAAGGUGCACAUCUUAGUUGCAUUUAAUUUGUUGGUUUCUUUAAAUUUUGUUUUGAAUUCAUUCAGACUAUUUUAUUUUCCUCAGAAAUUUAGUAUAUAGGCAGAAAACUCAGCGCUUAGAGCGCCCUACAAAUAUUUUUUCAAAACUAUUAUUAUUAUUACACCGUAUGUAGAUGUUGUUAGCACAGUUGAUUCUUUCUGUCUUUUAAAAAUGCUACACUUUGUGUGAGGUGUUGAUUAUUUCCUUGUAUCGAUUAAAGAUUUCUGCUGAGUAGGCUUCUUGCUCUCCUAACUUUAUUUUCCAUUCCCACAAAGGUGAGAGUUAAUACCGCUUCUUCAUUUCUUUCCGUGAAUUCGACAUCGUCGUAUUUGUUUUUGAUUUGCUGAAACCCACAGGAGAGCAUCUGAUGAAUGAUCUCGGUUAGGGGAGACACCAUCACUACCUAACCUCCCCCUGUCCUUCAAAUUUCAGAUUUGUGCACACUCCAUUCUCUCUUGGCAGAUAACUUCAUACCUUUCCAUUGAGUUGAACCAGAAGAUUCUCCUCAUCACAGGACCAGUUGGCUGUUCUUUUUUUCCACUUAUUUUAUGAGUUUAUACCUUGUCUUUAUCUGCGGAUAGAGAUCUCAAGCCAUGUUUGCACAGCUGCUUUGAACAGCACCAACUCAACAUCGAAACUAUGACAUAGAAUCAGGUUGGGCAAUUUCACUCUAUUAACUUACCAGACAUAUCCCAUUCCUAGGAAGGGGAGAGUUGAUACCACUUUUUCUUCUUAGAAUCACUUUGAUUUACAGAAUUCCAAAUCACCCUUUCUAACAAUCCUAAUAGAUGAAAUAUGUUCUUUUGAUAAUAAAUAGGACAUGACAAAUUUAAUAAACUCAGUGUCCAAAUAAUGAAUUCAAAACAAACUAAAUAGGAAAUGCCCACCUACCCAUGGGGAAUGCUUCCCAAAUGAGACACUAGUUACAGUUUAAUGUAUUUCAGGCCCAAAGUCUCCUCUUUCAAAACUUAUCCUUCUUAUACUGGAACUGAUCUGAGAUGAUAACAAUAUAAUCCACACAUUCUUAUAACUUCGCCAAAUGGGAAGUCAUGCAUUAUUUCCAAAAGUCACAGAAGUAAUUCUGGAAAGGGUUAGACGACAACACAGCUGCAUUUGAGACUGUUUGUCAGUCUGCUCAAUAACCUGAACCACAUCUCAUUUGAUAUUAUUUUCAUCCACUUCUAAAGCAAAGUCAGGAUAUUGUUGAUAAUAUUGCACAUGAAUCAAAGAAAAAGAAGAGGAACUUUUUUUUUUAAUUCUGAUUUGAAAAAAGUGAGGUAAAAGAAGGAAUUUAAUUUUAGUUUAAUAACUACACUUCGAUUUCAUUAAUUUUAAAUAAAAAAAGAUACAGGUAAACACUGUCUUUUUAAUAACACCAAUUUCAACAUUCUCCUUUCAAAUGGACUUGGAGAUUAUCCUUCCAGCUUAAUUUAAUCUCCUCCCAAUACAACAAAAUCUCUCAUCAAUUUCAUCAUAGUUUUGUAGUUGUGUCUUCACACCUGUUGUUGCCUUUCUUUUUGUGUACCCCAUUCUCUUGAGAAGAGAUCUUGCCAAAGCUUUAUCAAUCAUGAUGGAGCCACCACAAAAAACAUGCUCUGCUGCGAUGGGUGCCUUUGGAGGCUGAAGCAAUCCAGAGGCACCUAUCAACACUAACUUAGUCACUUUCUCACUACAGGGAUAAAGUUCUUGACUUUGCUAUUCCACUCUUCCACUAAAAAAAUAGUAAUGAGUGAAUACCGAGCAAUUCAUAAAGCCAUGCAUUGAUAGUUAAACAGAAAUUGUGAUUCUACACCCAGGGAAAGCAGUUUCUGCUACAUCAUCAUCACUUUCCCUGUUCACUAGUCCUUCUUCAUUGUCCUUGAUACCUCUACAUGUACUUCAUGGAACUCUUUGCUAAUGUUGAAUAAGAUACAACAGGCUGUGAUUAUGUUACAGGCCCUGUCUGGUCUGAUCUGCAUUCCAUGUCCAGGUAGACAACAAAAUUUAUUUUUGAGUUGGCCAUUCAGUUGUUCAAUGAUGCUCUUGUCUUGCAAUGUGCACAAUUGAAUAGUAGAUUUACUACUAUAUGAUAGACUUGAGCUUGCCAGAGAAUUUUUUUAUUUCACUUGCUUUUGCGACACUUACUGUUCACUGCAUCUUUUAUUUCUCUUUGUGCUCGAUAUUUGCAUGGUUUACGUGACCCUUAAGUCUUGCCAGAGGAUAUCAUAUUUCAUUUUCUUAUGUGGCACUUACUAUUUCUGCAUCUUCCUCACUCUAUGCUUUAU